AGUAAAUGUCAAUGGCAUAGUGCCGCAAACGUUCUUCCUUCUUUUUCUCUUUGUAUCGAGAAGUCAGACGUGCUUGUCCUCUUCGAGCUAAGGCCAUUAGGCGACUUGCACAAAAUAAUUAAAUAAAAUGGCAUCAAAAGCUGAAUUAGCUUGUGUUUACUCCGCUCUCAUCUUGGUCGAUGAUGAUGUCGCUGUCACCGGCGAGAAAAUCUCUACGAUCCUGAAGGCCGCCGGCGUGGACGUAGAACCCUACUGGCCGGGCCUGUUCGCCAAAGCCCUGGAAGGCGUAAACGUGCGCGAGCUGAUCACCAACAUCGGCUCCGGCGUCGGGGUCGCCCCCGCCGCCGGCGUGCCUGCCGCCGCCGCCGCCGCCGGCGCGGCGGCGCCCGCCGAAUCCGCCAAGGAGGAGAAGAAGGAGGAGGAGCCUGAAGAGUCCGACGACGAUAUGGGCUUCGGUCUCUUCGACUAAGAAGCUUCACAGUGAAGUUAUUUUAUUCCAUCAAGAGCUUUACUAAGCUUGUAUAGAUGUAAGGCAAAGUGACAACAUAAAAAUUUGAAACAA